GCGGAGGCCGGGCGAACAGAACAGAACAGACCCCCCGACUCCGACUUGGCUGGGCUAUUCCUGCGUUCUCCCCUGUAUACUACUGCCUACGCCGCCGCCAGAUGCCCAGGUUCUCGUCGGCUCCUUCUACUUCUCCGGCAACGAGCACCCAGCAGAAAGUAUCGAUCGGGUGUUCUUCACUGGGUCUGCCGCACCUGUGUGCUAGAAGAAUCCUCUGCUUGGCUGGAACUUGGAAGGGGGGAGGCGAAGGCGAGGGAUGGGGUCCCUGCUUUGCUGCCUGCGGUACCCGGAGGACGGCUCGGCGCCGCCGCCCGUGUGCUGCUUCUGCCUACCGUGGCCUUUCCCUUACCAUGGCGUCGACUCGGGCUCUGCUGCUCGUCACAGAGGUGAUACACGUGUGGCACCUGAACGUGGAAGGAUUCCUCUUGCAGCUUGCACCUCUGCUAAUCAAGUGGACUCAUUGGAUACUUUCCGGCCCCCUCCAAGGCCUUUGCCUUACGAUGAUCCUCAAUUCAGCCCUUGCAUGCUGCAGCUCCCAGUAGUGUCAUCAGGACAUGACAAAGCAUCAACGCAUAUUCAGAAACCAGGACAACCUACAGAAAGUAAGAAUACUGAUGCUGGAUCAACAACUUGCACAGCUGCUCAUAAGGUUUCUGGGACAUCAGCAAAACAGCACUCAGGAGGUUCGAGAAUUGAUGGAAUACAAUUCUGUGAUUCUUCUGACAAUGAGGAUGACUGUCCGAUAUGCCUAGAAGAAUAUGAUGAUGAGAAUCCGAAGAUUGUAUUGCAAUGCAACCAUAAUUUCCAUCUUAGUUGCAUUUAUGAGUGGAUGGAAAGAAGUGAAGCUUGCCCUGUCUGUGCAAAGAUUAUGUUGUUCAAUGAGGAUGAAUGACCCCUGAUAGAAGCAUUCACAGACGGCAAGUGGAAGACCCUAGCUAAAUCCUGUGUGUUCUGUACAUAGCGUUGAUGAAAUAUCCGCUAGAUCGCUUACUGAAACUUCCAGCGUUGGUUCAAAAAAAAAAAAACUUGCAGCAGUGUGAAGAUUCAUUUUUUUCUUUAUAGAGUAGAUUGUAACCCAUUCUUUUUUGACAAAGUUGAUGGUUUGUGCCACACUUUACAUAUCAUAUUUCAAUGGGACCAUUGAUGUUAAUGUCCACGGGGGUUGCUUA